CAUAAAUCCUAUCCUUCACUUUCUUAGUCCCUUCUUCCCUCCACUCUUCAGUUCUCACUUCAAUUCAUAUUGUUACAUUACCAUAGCCAGACCAAAGAAGAAACAUGGCAGCAGAGAUGGCACUUGUGAAACCCAUCUCCAAGUUUAGCAGCAGUCCUAAAUUUGGGAACCCAAAAAGAACAUUUUCUCACUCCAAAUUCAACACUAUUAAAAUGUCAGCAACUGCACAGCCAACAAAACCAAAGCCAAGCAAGAAAGCUAAACAAACUGCUAUCAAAGAAACCCUUUUGACACCAAGAUUCUACACCACUGAUUUUGAUGAAAUGGAGACCCUUUUCAACACUGAAAUCAACAAGAACCUUAACCAGUCUGAAUUUGAGGCACUGCUUCAAGAAUUCAAGACUGAUUACAACCAGACCCACUUUGUAAGGAACAAGGAGUUCAAGGAAGCUGCUGAUAAGAUGGAAGGCCCUUUGAGACAGAUCUUUGUUGAGUUCUUGGAGAGGUCUUGCACUGCUGAGUUCUCUGGUUUCCUUCUCUACAAGGAGCUUGGAAGGAGGCUCAAGAAAACCAAUCCUGUUGUAGCAGAGAUUUUCUCUCUAAUGUCCAGAGAUGAAGCUAGGCAUGCUGGAUUUUUGAACAAGGGUCUGUCUGACUUCAAUCUGGCAUUGGACUUGGGUUUCUUGACAAAAGCUAGGAAAUACACAUUCUUCAAGCCAAAGUUCAUCUUCUAUGCCACUUAUUUAUCUGAGAAAAUUGGAUACUGGAGAUACAUAACUAUUUACAGACAUCUCAAGGCCAAUCCUGAGUACCAGUGUUAUCCCAUUUUCAAGUACUUUGAGAAUUGGUGCCAAGAUGAGAAUAGACACGGUGAUUUCUUUUCUGCCUUGUUAAAGGCACAACCUCAAUUCCUCAAUGAUUGGAAGGCUAAGUUGUGGUCUCGCUUCUUCUGCUUAUCGGUCUAUGUGACAAUGUACCUCAAUGAUUGCCAGCGGACAGCUUUCUAUGAAGGCAUUGGAUUGAAUACCAAAGAAUUUGAUAUGCAUGUUAUCAUUGAGACUAACCGCACAACAGCUAGAAUUUUCCCAGCUGUGCCGGAUGUUGAAAACCCGGAAUUUAAAAGGAAGUUGGACAGGAUGGUGGAGAUUAAUGAGAAGCUGAUGGCAGUUGGGGAGAGCGAAGACAUUUCGUUGGUGAAGAACUUGAAAAGGAUUCCUCUUGUUGCUGCAUUGGUUUCUGAAAUCUUGGCUGCAUAUCUGAUGCCACCAAUUGAAUCUGGAUCUGUAGAUUUUGCAGAGUUUGAACCACAAGUUGUUUACUAAUAGUUUUAUUUCCCCUUUCUUUUUCAGCUUUAGUGGGUUUGCUCAUGUAAUAUUGCCACAUUUACCAUAUGAAAACUGAGAAAAAAUUUCUAUCAA